GCUGCGGUCGUGGGACACGUCGAGCCGGGCUGUGGUGGCGGGGGCUCGGGAGAGUGCAGGCCGGGCGAGGGCGUCCAGUUCCGAGAGGAAGGCGCGGACGGGCGGCGGAGCUUGACCUGGGAAGGUGUGGGUACAUGUAUUUUCGGAGUCAGCUUUCUUUCCACCUUCCCUUGGCUUCUGGGAAUUGAAUUCAUGUCUCCAGACUUUUCUGCUGACUCUCAUCUUUUUCUGGAAAACUGGAUACUUCCGAGCACAUGGGGAUGAACCAUAUGGGCAUGAACCAUAUGGGGAUGGACCACAUGGACCACAACAGUACCAUGCCCCCUCACCAUCACCAAACCACCUCGGCCUCACACUCCCAUGGUGGAGGAGACAGCAUGAUGAUGAUGCCUAUGACCUUCUACUUUGGCUUUAAAAAUGUGGAACUAUUGUUUUCCGGUUUGGUAAUCAACACACCUGGAGAGAUGGCUGGAGCUUUCGUAGCAGUGUUUUUACUAGCAAUGUUUUAUGAAGGACUCAAGAUAGCCCGAGAAGGUCUGCUGCGCAAAUCUCAAGUUAGCAUUCGAUACAAUUCCAUGCCUGUGCCAGGACCAAAUGGAACCAUCCUUAUGGAGACACACAAAACUGUUGGACAGCAGAUGCUCAGCUUCCCCCACCUCCUGCAGACAGUGCUGCACAUCAUCCAGGUGGUCAUCAGCUACUUCCUCAUGCUCAUCUUCAUGACCUACAAUGGGUACCUGUGCAUCGCAGUAGCAGCAGGCGCAGGGACAGGGUACUUUCUCUUCAGCUGGAAGAAGGCGGUGGUAGUGGACAUCACAGAGCAUUGCCAUUAACGCCAGACUCCACUGUGGCCUUAUCGUUUGCUGUAGGAAGCAUCUUGGGACUGGAAGACAUGAUUCCCUCUCCAAUCACCCCUUCUCUCUCCUGUCUCUUUAUGCACACACCUAUUGAAUAGAGGCUUAGUUGACAGUCUGAGGAGUGGUUUUUCUAUUGAGAUGAAAUUGACAUUUCUCUUGAGAAGCCACCUGUGAGAUGUCUUCUCCCUCAUAAUCUUGAGCUUUGUCUAAUCCAGGUAGCUUCCUAGUUAAUGACUUGGUUAUCUGCUUCCUUUUAUUUUUCUAGUUUUUUGGGGGGGCAUUUUUAUUUUAAACAGAUAAUAUGUGUAUUUGGUGGAUGGGAUUCUGGGUCAGUGAUAGAAAGAGAUUUUAACUUCAAACAGGAUUGAUGGUAAUUAGGGACACCCAAGCUGGAACUUAAAUUUCACACUAGAAAAUAAGUUCCAGUCUUAACUCACUGAGUGGAAACAUAUUGUGCCUUUCUCUAGGUGUGGUGUGUUACACCACAAUACUAGUAGUGUGUGGAGAGUGGCUAGGGACUAAAUACAGACCUAGAGUUUGUGGAGUAUGUAUUCUUGCUCUAUCAUCCACUUGUGUUCCCACUUAACACUUUGAUUAGAAAUGAAUUUACCAAUCAAAACAAAAACAAGACAAUCAAUUUGAGACAAAGAAAUAGGGAUUGUUAAAUAAAACCAUUGGCAUUUUACUUUGACUCAGUGCUUUAGUUUGUCCCAAUUGAACAAAGCAAGGGUUUGUAUUUUUUCCUAUUGUUUUUGUGUGUGUUCCUCAAAACCAAUGAUUUUCAAACUUUAGAGUGUUUCAGAAUCACCCGUAGGGCUUGUUAAGGCACUACUUGGUGGACCUCAACUCUAGAGCCACCAAAUUUGGCAUUUCCAAGUUCCUAGGUGAUGUUUCUGUUGACAGUCCAGAGGAUUACCCUGAGUCAACAUUAAAAUAGCAAAGUUGGGACAGAGGGUAGGGAUAUAUGGUAUCAGGCCUAAGAAUCUGGGUUGCUGGUUGGUAGAUGGCAUGUCACAUCUAAAUGCUGCUGGUCAAUACUUAUUCACUCCACAAACAAUUAUUUAGCUCCAAAUAUGCUUUCUGUACACACACACACACACUCACAGAGACACAUAUACACAGACACACACACACACACACACACACACACACACACACUUAUAUGGGACUAUAGCCAAAGUACACUUACCAGCAUAUGUAAAGUACCUAGUCCUGACUUUUAAAGAUCUGGGGUUCCUUGGAAGUAGUUUGAAGGCCAAGAGACCUUUGAUCUACAGUGCAGAGUCAGCCUGUCAAAGACCAGAAAGGCAAAAACCCAACUUUCUGUUUGGAGAUACGUGGGGCAUGAUCUUAUAAUAGCUAGAUUUUUCUCAGUGUGUACUAUAUAGGUUCCCAUCCUCUGCUUGACCAACUUUAUUAUUUGUAGGGAUUUACACAGAUCACAGUGGCCAAAACCCUUUUCUCAAUGAAGAAUCCCAUUGGAUGUUCUGUCAAUCAUUAGUCUACAUAUAGGCUUGUUCCCAAACUACCUCUUUAAAGUGACUCUUCCUAUGCUGGUCUCUUUGGUGCUAGAUUCAAUGGUGCCUCAGAGCAGAAGAAACAAACCUGCUAUCUUGUUGGCCCGGUGUUGUGGUUCUGAAGUUUAUACUUUCUCUCUAUGGGUGCCAAUUAAACAUUGGAGAACAAGGAAUGUGUACUUUAGUGGCUUUGAACCAAGAAAAGGUUAUAAGCCUACAGAGCAGAGGCUAAAAAAAAUGUAAGAAAUUAACUUCAGAGUUUUGCUUUUCUCUUACUUCAGUGUAUUCUGCUGGCUUUUAGCACUGCACAGUGAAUGACAGGUACUGACAGAGCCAAACAUUAAGGUGCAAAUAGCCUGUGCUGUUAUCUCAGAACCCAAGGAAUAAUAAACCCAGGGGAAUACAGAAACCACAUUUAGUGGUGACCCUGGUGCUUUCUAGAGAUCUCCAGAUGAGCUGCCAUAAAACACGUUCCAGGGGCUGAGGUGCAGCUCAGAUGUGGAUCAUUUAUCUAAUGUAUGCCAGGCCUUAUUUAACCCUCAACACCUGGAGAACACGCAUAAAAACUAUCAGAAACAGGACCUUAUCGGUGAGGUGAGAAGAGCCAAGGCCAGUUAGGACAAGGUGCUGUGCAUCUGAAAUCAAGAGAAACCUCACUUUGACAUGGUUCUUCAGGGUAGUUUCAGGUUAGAAGCAGUAACUGCAAAACCUGCACUUGAGACCCUUGACUAGCUUUCUAGAGGGUGUGGUAGUGCCGCUCUGAGGUAAGCUUAGUCCUAUGCUCUUGAACUUUAAUACCCAGCUCUUUUGUUUAUCUAAACUCCUUUCUUCUGUGGGAAGACUAUGUCUGAAUUUCUUUAGCCCUGCCCACUCUUCCCUUUCUGUCUUUUAUCCCAAGCAGCUUCGUUUUUAAAAUCUCUCAGCUUUCUGAUACAGUAGACAUUACAAUGCUGUGGCUAUAAUUAUCUUACCAAUUAGAACUUGGUAUUUACAAACAAGAUGAGGUCUUAAGUUUGCUUCAAGAAGCAGACACCCCAUUAGAAUUUCUAGAAACCUGGGUAAAGGAUCACCUCCCCCAGAGUUACAGAUCCUAGGUACUAACUCCUUUCCGAGAUGGAAGAACACGCAACAGCCCAUUGCCACAUUCGGAACCUCCUCAGCAUUCAUCAAAGUUUCUUCACUACUAUGGUAGGGUUGUCCCAGAUUCCCUUUCAUAUUGUGGGCUUUGUUUCCUUACUAGAACUGGGAGACUGAGGCAAAGUGUACAUUAUGUCAUUUAAUCUUGAACCUGCCCUUUCCAGCCACUUCAGAAGAUGAGUCUAAAUGGCAAGUCUGCAUUUGAUGUAAUGCCUUAAUCACUGGUCUACAUUCCUGUUGACUGUUUUGAGACUGUAAGCUCCCAGAGAGCAGAAUUGCUGUAAUUGGAAUGUUUUAAGUGUUGUGUGCAAGAGAACAAAAUAAAUAUCCUGAUUUUGUGAUUCUA